AUGUAUCAUGCCAUUAAAGAAUGGGGUGGAACUCCUUUUGGCUUUAUUGAUGAUGUGACUAUUACCGUUGAAGGUAAAAUUGAAGAAAAUACCAAAAGCUUAAGCAACAUAUUAGAAAAAUGUUGUAAUUGGGCUAAAUCAAGAAUGACCAAAAUUGAUUUGGGUGACAAAUUGGGUUUCAUUCAUUUUACAAAAAAUGUGAAACCUAAAGAUGAGAAAGUGCAACUUACUUUACCUAAUGGAGAACUUCGUGAACCCCAGAAGGAAGUUAAAUUGCUUGGAAUUAUUUUGAACAAUCUGCUUGAUUUUACAUCUCAUAUAUUGAAUAAAAUCAAUAAAGCAAGAAAAGCUGUUGGUGCUAUUUGGCAUCUUGGUGGCGUGCAAAAAGGUAUGCGGGGGUCUGCAGUUAGAUCACUGUAUAUUGCUUGCGUGAGACCAAUUGUCGAAUAUGGCUUAGAAAUUUGGCAUCAUAAAAUCUUGAAAGGAGAAAUCCACAAGUUGGAAGUGAUGCAGAACAUGGCUUUAAGAAGAAUUGUUGGUGCUUAUCGUACAACUCCUAUUGCGGUACUACAAAAGGAAGCUGGUAUUAUGCCAUAUAGUAUUAGGCUAAAAUUUAUGGUGGCACGAAAAGCUAUUCGUUUACACCUAAAUAUUAGCAAAACUAAUCCUAUUAAUGGUCAUUUGUUAACAUUGAUUGAGAAAUCUCCAAUUGCAAAGCUAACCACGCUUUACAUGUUGGCGAAAGAUGAUAGAGACUAUAUGAUUAAAAAGGAUGAAAAACGAAAAUGCAAGAGGGUUGAACCUCUUACACUGAUACAACAACAAAAUCAGACGAUUGGAAUUUUGAAGAAACAAGCAAUGGAAGAAUGGCAAGAAAUGUAUUGGAACAGCAGUAAGGAUCUGUGGUAUCAUAAUAUCACAGUGGAGUCGAAAUGUACUGAUAAUUUUUCCAAAAUGGUUACGGGAGUGAUCAUGAAGAAAGAUAGUCGAAGGAUCUUGAGUAAUAUUACUCAGUUUCGCACAGGCCAUGGCAACUUUGGCGCAUGGUUUAAAAAGUUUGGAAUUGAAAAGGAUAGUUACAACUGCAAAUGUGGAGAGCUGGAAACAGUUCAUCACAUUUUAGUUGAGUGUCCUUUGCUUGAAGAGGAAAGAAAAGGACUGAAACGGAUAUCUCCAGAGAUGGACAUGUCGACUUUCUUAAACAGUUUAACUGGCUUACAAGAGAUUGUAAGCUUUAUCUCUGCUUGGAGGGAUUAA